ACCGCCAGUGAGUCGAGCGGCGCCGCAGCCGGAGAAACUCCAGAAGAACAACGUGUCCAAGAAGAAGAGACUGGUCGAGGACCUGGUCUUGGAUCACGUGUUUGGUUUUCGAGGCUUCGAUUGUCGUAACAACCUGCACUACCUCAACGACGGCUCCGAGAUCGUCUAUCACACUGCAGCCACGGCCAUCGUCCACAGCCUCACCACCGGAACUCAGAGUUUCUACCUGGAACACACUGACGACAUCCUCUGUCUGACCGUCAACCAGCACCCGAAAUACAAAAACAUCAUCGCCACCGGACAGAUCGGUGACGUCAGUGAACUCCCAGGCACCACACCUUCCAUCCACGUGUGGGACGCCAUGUGCAAACAGACCCUCUCCGUCCUGCGCUGUCCUCACGCUAAAGGCGUCGGCUACGUCAACUUCAGCGCCACGGGGAAGCUGCUGCUGUCUGUCGGCGUGGAACCUGAACACACCAUCACCGUGUGGCGCUGGCAGGAAGGAUCCAAGGUCUGCAGUAAAGCCGGACACCCGGACCGGAUCUUCGUGGUGGAGUUUCGGCCAGACUCCGACUCCCAGUUUGUGUCAGUGGGAAUCAAACACGUGAAGUUCUGGACGCUGGCCGGUGGUGCUCUGAUGUACAAAAAGGGCGUGGUGGGGACAGUGGAGGACGGCAGGAUGCAGACGAUGCUGUCCGUCGCGUUCGGAGCCAAUAACUUGACGUUCACCGGAGCCAUUAACGGGGACGUGUAUGUGUGGCGGGACCACUAUCUGCUGAGGGUUGUUGCGAAGGCUCACACCGGGCCGGUCUUCACCAUGUACACCACGCUGAGAGACGGACUCAUCGUCACCGGUGGCAAGGAGAGGCCGACGAAGGAGGGCGGCGCCGUGAAGCUCUGGGAUCAGGAGAUGAAGCGUUGUCGAGCGUUCCAGCUGGAGACGGGACAGCAGGUUGAGUGCGUCCGGUCCGUCUGCCGAGGAAAAGGGAAGAUCCUGGUGGGGACGAAGGACGGGGAGGUCAUCGAGGUCGGGGAGAAGAACGCGGCGUCCAACCUGCUGCUGGACAGUCACGCUCGGGGGGGCAUCUGGGGUCUGACCACUCAUCCUGCUAAAGAGCUCUGCAUCACCGCCAGCGACGACGCCACCAUCAGACUCUGGGACCUCACGGACAAGAAACUGUUGAACAAGGUGUGUGUCGGCCACGCCGCUCGCUGUGUGACCUACAGCGCUGAUGGGGAGAUGCUGGCCGUGGGGAUGAAGAACGGCGAGUUCCUCCUCCUCCUCGCCAACUCCCUCAAGAUGUGGGCGAAGAAACGAGAUCGCAACGUCACCAUCCAGGACAUCCGGUUCAGUCCGGACCGGCAGCUGUUGGCCGUCGGUUCAGGGGAGAACACGGUGGAUGUGUACGAUGUGAGCGGAGGACCGAGUCUGAACCGACUGGUUUACUGCAGCGACAUCCCUGCUUUCAUCCUGCAGCUCGACUUCUCCGCUGACAGCUGUUACAUACAGGUGUCCACAGGAGUUUAUAAGCGGCAGGUCUUCGAGGUUCCUUCAGGGAAGUUGGUGAGCGAUCAGACCGCCAUCGACAGAAUCACGUGGGCGACCUGGACCAGUGUUCUCGGAGAUGAGGUUUUAGGGAUUUGGCCUCGAAACGCAGACAAAGCCGACGUGAACUGCGCCUGCGUCUCUCACGCCGGCCUGAACAUCGUCAGCGGCGACGACUUCGGAUUGGUCAAACUGUUCGACUUCCCCUGCACAGAGAAGUUUGCCAAACACAAGCGCUACCUCGGCCACUCGGCUCAUGUGACCAACAUCCGCUUCUCCCACGACGACAAAUACGUGAUCAGCACAGGAGGAGACGACUGCAGUGUGUUUGUGUGGAAAUGUCUGUGAACAGAUUUCUGUCGUCCGCUGACGCUUUGAUUCAAAGCACCUUAACAGCACCACAAGUGGAUCCGGGGGGAAUCAAACCCACAACCUGAGCCACCACAGACCUUUUUCAUGGUGACAGGGCGGAGGACUACAGACUGCUGCCGGCCCAUCGAUCCAGGUAACGUGACGGAUCACGUGACGGAUCACGUGACGGAUCACGUGACACACGACGAAACCACGAAGAGGCGACAAAGAGGAAAAAGAUUCAUCAGAGGAAAGCGUCCGAAGGUUUGAGGAGUUUUCUGGCUCAGUGACAUUUUGUUAGAAUCUCACUGAGCUCGGUGACGGAAGGUUUCAGAUCAGAUUCACUCAGAACGUCCCUGUUCUCAAACCACAGAAUCACUUUCUGACCUGGCUGCGGUUUUAAAAGGUUUAACUACGAUUCAUAAAUCCUUUAACAAACAUUUCAUCAAAACAAGGAUUCACCAAUUUGGGAAAAAUCCUCAGAGGAAAUAUUUUGUCUUUUUAGUUCCAAAUUUUGAAACAAAAUUCAAUUAGAUUGUAUUUGUAUAAAACCAAAUCAUCGGACACAUGAUCUCUUACACAGUCAGUGACAGAGACACACAGCGGUUCUCUCAGUGAGCACACAGACAACUUCGUAUGAAUAUUUACAGCUGCAGAAUUAUUAGAUUAUAUAAAAUGAUUGUUUGUGUAGAAUCGUCUGAAUGUAGGAAGAUAAAUAUGAAACGUUCCAGUAAAUAAACUAUUAAUAACUGAAUAUCGUUUGUCAACAGCUCCAGUGGAAGAUGCUGAGUGAACACAACCAGUGAAAAUAUUAUAAAAAAGAAAUAUUAAACAUUGAUAAACAAUUGAAAUAAAUGUCUUCACAUGUGUUGAUCCGUUAUCGUCUGUUAUCAGUGUUUUCUAGUCUGUUAUAAAUAAACUAUUACGAGUUUCACACUUUCUGAUAAGUCGUCAGUUCUGCAGCUGUAAAUGUUGAGAAUUAAAUUAAUGAUAAAAAGUGUCUUGAUUUUAAACGAGUCACUGAAUCAGUUCCACACGUUGAUGAAUCCUUUCUGAAGUCGUGAAUCGUACAACAGAUAAUGAUUCGUUGCGUUCGGUCUGAUUAAAGAGACAAAGUGUAAAUGAAUCUGUUGAUUAAAGCUCGUGACCAUCGUCUGAAAGUGAAAAAACAACAAACCGUGUUACGACUUUCAGUUCUUGUCUUUAAAAAGUUUCUUCCUGUCCAGGGGUCAAACAUUCACAACCGAAACACACAAGUCGGAAAUAUUCGCACACAUCCACGUGUUUUUUGUGUCACUCAUGAAUUUAAAAAGUUUCUUCAUCAUUCUGAUCAAUAGAAUGAAGUUUCUUUAAGUCCACAGAUUCAAAUCUCAUUAAAUCAAACGUUCAUUUAUUUCAUCAAACUGGAUAAAGAUCCAGAAGCUGCAGAUUCUGUUUCAGCUUUUUUUUCUAUGACGUUUUCUUAUUUGUGCCUUUGGUCCUUUCAUCAUCACCGUGACGAUGAGGAGUUUAUGAUUCUAAAUAAAUAAUCUAAAUUGUAUUAAUCUGGAGACGCUCACAUUCUUCUUCUUCUUCUUCUUCUUCUUCUUCACAAAUGUAAAUAAAAGCUGCUGUCUGACCCCUGGAUUCAGUCUCGUGACGCUCGGAAUCAGAAACGAUCAGACGCUGAUUUUGGAGGAUGAACUGUAACAGAGUCUCUUUCUGGUCGGAUCUGAAUUAGAAGUUAUAUUGAAUUAUAUUAUCAUCUGGUUGUCUCAUCACUUAAGUGCCUUUCAGGAUCUUUCUACCUGUUUGUUUGCUUCACUUCUGUUUUUAUUUAUUUAUGGGGGGGGGGGGGGGGCUGCACCGUUGUUUUUUUAAAGGCAUAUUUAAACUUAUUUUCUACUUUGUCUGGUGCUACUCUGAGAAUGUUCAAACUUUAAUUCAUCCACAACGUAGGAAAAAAAGAAGCGUUCUGCUUUGCUGCUGCUUUUCGUUGGAAACAUUCAAAGCAACGUGAUCGUGAAAAAACAACACUGAAGAAAAAUAUAUGUCCAGAGAAAAUACAUCGAUGUUAUUUAUGAGAGUGGACGAGUUUUCUG